AUGCAGCUAUCUGAAUCAACGAACCAACAAGCCGAGUUUAUGAACGUGAUCGAGGCGCAUAGUCUCAACAUCGUCGAACCAGUACCGCAACACAUCGAUCAAGAAGACAUAUCCGAUGACGAUGAAGGGAAGAACCGAUCACUUUCGCAGGACGAUGCCGAUUUCCAUUUCGAUUCUAAAGAGGAUUCUGUCUAUGACUUUGCAGCUGAAGAUGAUGCAUUUGAUGCGUACCUGAAAGAGAAGAACAUGGAUGGUGUAUAUGAGGAGUUGGGUAUAGCAAGCGAUUUAGGUGACAAUGAUGAAGCAGCCGAGCGGAAGCGUGGUAAGUAG